ACAUUAAAUUGCACGUUGAUGAGAACCAACAAUGUCCACUCAUUUGAUUGUUUGCCUUCAGAAAGAUGACUUACUCCAUCCGGCAAUCACCAGCAAACGAGGAUCCUUACAAUUUACACUUGAACAUUUCAGCCCCCAUCUGAAGAACACGACCCAGCCAUUUUGGAAAAGUUGCCAUCGAUAAGGAUUGAUGCCCACUCACAUUAUACAAGACGGCAAGAUGAUGGGUCAUUGCCCUUUUCACGUUUGAUGAAAUUCCUCAGUGGGUUUUUGGCUUUUUUCACUACCCCACCUCCAGGAUGCGGUGCUGAGUCCUCAAGACACUUUGAAAAAAAUGAAAAAAAGUUGUGAUGGCGAUCUUGUCUGGAAUGCAACCGAAGUCACACGUUGGCUCAAUAAGAAGAGGCUUGUGCAAUCAUUUUUAUUGGUGCGAGACAUUUUGGGUAAAACCAAAAGUAAAAGCAUGGAGGCUUGUUGGCUACUGCCAAAGUUUAAAUCACACAUUGACUAGAUAAGAAAAAUAUCAUAGGAAGAAGCUCAACGGCUGAACCUCUGGGAAGACUAUGUGGACUGGAGGAAGAGACCUGCAGUAAAAGGACGCCAUGGAGGCAUGCUGGCUGCCUCCUUUGUAUUGGUUGUUGAAGUAUUGGAGAAUCUAGCAUUCCUGGCCAAUGCAAGCAAUCUUGUUCUGUAUCUUUCCAAGUUCAUGCAUUAUUCUCCAUCCGAGUCUGCCAACAUCGUCACCAAUUUUAUGGGCACAGCUUUUCUUCUUGCGCUUCUUGGUGGCUUUCUAUCAGAUGCUUUCUUCACCACUUACUCUAUCUUCUUGAUAAGUGCUGCAAUAGAAUCCUUGGGUCUGGUAAUUCUGACGCUUCAAGCUGAUGUACCAUAUCUGAAGCCUUCAAGGUGCGUUUCAAAUGCAGUGGGGAAUGGAAAUCCAUGCCAUAAAGUUGAAGGUGGAGAAGCGGCCAUGCUAUUUGCAGGGCUUUACAUGGUGGCACUUGGAGUUGGGGGGAUAAAAGGGGCGCUUCCUCCCCAUGGGGCUGAGCAGUUUGAUGAAACCAGCUUUGAAGGAAGGAAGAAAAGAUCUGUAUUUUUCAACUACUUCAUCUUCUGUCUUUCCUGUGGAGCUUUGAUUGCUGUAACUCUGGUGGUGUGGAUGGAAGAUAACAAAGGCUGGCAAUGGGGUUUUGGGAUAUCCACUCUUACAAUACUCAUCUCUAUUCCUAUUUUCCUCCUUGGAUCGCCUACUUACAGAAUUAAAACGCCAGCCGGAAGCCCCAUCACAACCAUUUUUAAGGUUCUAGUCUCAGCUGCUUUCAACAAUAGGAAGAAAAAGACUCGUAAUAACGUUGUGAUGAAUAUAUCCACGAGUUCAGUAUCUUCAGAUACUACCACAGAUAUUAUAGCUGAUGAGCAAAGACAGACUAUGGAAAAGGAAAGCGACCCAAGUCCAAUUCAAACACAAGCCAUGGAGUUCCUGAAUAAAGCUACAAUUGAUAACCCCAGCCAUCCACAACUAAAUUGCACAGUCAAGCAAGUAGAAGAAGCCAAAAUAGUACUAAAAAUCCUCCCCAUUUUCACUUCUACCAUAAUGCUCAACUGCUGUCUCGCACAGCUCUCCACAUUCUCAGUCCAACAAGCCGCUACCAUGAACACCAAACUCGGCUCUCUCAAAGUCCCCCCUGCUUCUCUCCCUGUGUUCCCUGUCCUCUUCAUCAUGAUCCUCGCCCCAUCUUACAACCAUCUCGUUCUCCCAGUUGCAAGAAAACUCACCAAAUCCGAAAUGGGAAUAACCCAUUUACAGAGAAUUGGAACAGGCCUAGUUCUAUCCACGGUGGCAAUGGCAGUAGCAGCAUUAGUUGAAACCAAGAGAAAGAACCUAGCUAUCAAAACCCACAAAUUAGAUUCUCCUGACCCUUUGCCCAUCACUUUCCUUUGGGUGGCUUUGCAGUACUUGUUUUUAGGGUCGGCUGAUUUGUUCUCCUUGGCUGGAAUGAUGGAGUUUUUCUUCACAGAAGCCCCUUUGAGUAUGAGAUCUUUAGCCACUGCUCUGUCAUGGGCUUCCUUGGCCAUGGGGUAUUACUUUAGCUCUGUUUUGGUGGCUCUUGUCAAUGGUGUUACUAAGGCUUGUGGGCUCAGGCCAUGGCUGUCUGGGAAAAGCUUGAAUCAUUAUCAUUUGGAGAGAUUCUAUUGGGUUAUGUGUAUCUUGAGUGGGCUUAAUUUCUUGCAGUAUCUGUUUUGGGCUAGUCGCUAUACUUAUAGAUCCAUUAAUGGAGGAGAGCAGUCUUUGAAGGAACAGCCAUAUAAAUCUGAUUUAGUUGAGGAAAGAGAGGUGUAGAUCAGAUAAACAUUGUGUUAUUAUAUAUACAUACACACAUUGUUUGAAAUGGUUAGAGAGUAAGACAUCCUAUUGAUUUUAUUAUGUGGUAAUGGUUGGUCAAGUUGGUAUCUUCGAUACACUUUAUUGUAUUUAAAAAAUAAUCGAUCUUGAGCAAUAUUUAGAUGUACUUUGAACUACACGUUUUCAUGCA